AUGUUUUCGAGAUCUUGGACUGCCCUAUCUCUGCCCCUCUGGGUCAGAGUCGCCUCUGCGGCCUUUGGACUCACAACCAAUGAUGGUUCCUACGUGGUUGAUGCGGGAUCACCAAACCCACUCAAAUUCACGGUGGAUCGCUCGAGCUGCGAUAUCACGUCGAUCAAUUUCUAUGGCUCCGAGCUUCAGUAUUCAGGCAAAGGAUCUCACAUCGGCUCAGGUCUCGGAAGUGCAACGGUUUCUGCUACUGAAAGUGGCGACUAUAUAAAAGUAACAUGUGAGACGGAUACCUUGAUUCAGUACUUUGUAGUCCACAGUGGCGACCCUAUCAUCCAUAUGGCGACUUACACUACUGCGGAGCCUUCCAUUGGCGAGCUGAGAUUCAUCGCUCGUCUUAACUCUGAAUUGCUGCCCAAUGAAGAGCCCUUUGGUGACGUUUCCACCACGUCCGGCGGCACAGCCAUCGAGGGCUCUGACGUGUUCAACGUUGGUGGGGAGACCCGUAGCAAGUUCUACUCCAGCCAGCGAUUCAUCGAUGACCAGAGACACUGUAUUGCCGGAGAUGCCCAUCGCGUUUGCAUGAUCCUUAACCAAUAUGAGACUUCUUCUGGUGGCCCAUUCCACCGUGACAUCAACUCCAACAACGGCGGGGACUAUAAUGCUCUUUACUGGUACAUGAACUCUGGCCACGUUCAGACCGAAUCCUUCCGCCAAGGACUCCACGGCCCAUACUCUAUGUACUUCAGUCGCAGUGGAACACCCAGCACCGACAUUGACACUUCCUUCUUCGCGGACCUCGAUAUCAAGGGCUACGUUGCUGCAGCUGACAGAGGAACUGUAUCUGGAACCGCAUCUGGCGCUGACUCUAGCUUUAAAUGGGUGGUGCACUGGUACAACGAUGAUGCACAGUACUGGACAUACACAGCCUCUGGUGGCAGCUUCACAUCCCCUGCAAUGAAGCCCGGCACCUACACAAUGGUGUACUACCAAGGCGAAUACAAGGUCGCAGAGACCGAAGUGACCGUCAAGGCCGGAUCAAAGACCAGCCAAAAUAUCUCCGGAUCCGUGAAGACCGGAACUACCAUUUUCAAAAUUGGCGACUGGGACGGACAACCAACAGGCUUCCGCAACGCAGAGAACCAACUGCACAUGCACCCCUCCGAUUCGCGCAUGUCUAGCUGGGGCCCUCUCACGUACACCGUGGGCAGCUCCGAGUUGACCGAUUUCCCCAUGGCAAUUUUCAAGUCCUCCAAUUCACCCGUGACUAUCAAGUUCACAGCGGCUUCCUCGCAGACAGGAGCUGCCACUUUAAGAAUUGGAACGACCCUUUCUUUCGCUGGCGGCCGUCCCCAGGCCACGAUCAAUGACUACACCGGAAAGGCACCAUCUGCCCCGACAAACCUCAACUCCCGGGGCGUCACCCGUGGUGCCUAUCGGGGCUAUGGUGAAGUCUACGAUGUUUCGAUUCCGGAAGGGACUAUUGUUGAAGGAUCUAACACGAUCACGAUUGAAGUUCUCUCUGGAAGCAGUGGCGAUGAGUUCCUUAGCCCUAACUUUGUCUUUGACUGCGUUGAGCUUUUCCAGUAA